AUGACUGGGAAACUGCAUUACCAACAACAAACUUGGGAAACUUCCUCGUAUCCCCAACAACACAACCAGAUGAAUCCUGCAGCUCAACACACUCUUGCAGAGCCUAGGCUCCUUGCGGUCGAUUUUACUAGCUGGACUGGAAGACACCUGCGUGUUACCGAAGGAGACUCCAACGGUGCCCUAGUCUAUCUGGCCGAUCUUAAACUCCGCAAGCCGCACAUGAUCUUCCAGGCGGAGGGUACGGCACGAUUGCCUGCCACUGUCACCUUCCACAGUUUUAGUCGCACCAUAGAUGUCAAUAUCAACGGCCAGGAUAUUCCCGUGCGACAGAAAGGAACAUUCAAGUACGAAAUAGCUUUCGAAUCCCCGGCGCUAGGGGGCACGGUGUUGACGUGGAAGAACCCACGUUACCUAAAGCCCUUCGAUCUUGAGUGCUACGACGAGAAUGGGGUAGUCUUCGCAAAAUUUGUCCCCAGUUCCUCGUGGAGCUGCAAAAAAGCCGGUCGGAUUGAGCUCUACCAAGCUUGCAGCACGAGAAGCGGACUCACCGAUGAAGUUGUAGUCACUGGUCUCGCCUUAGCCUAUCAUAUUUUCACACAGACGGUGGCCGCCAACGCUGGUGCUGCUUCUUAA